GUUCGGUUCACACACGUGGCGCUAGUGUUCGCAAAUGUAACUUCGUAUCGUAACUUCAAAGUGAAACUGUGAUUUGUGAAUGUCAAUCGUGGAUGUGGAAUGUUUUGUGUUGUGAGUGAAAAGUGGAUGUAGGAAUAGCAGAGAUUUAUAGUUGACAUGUGGUGUGCUCGUGUCGUUAGAUAAGCAACCGUGUACUGCAGGGUUGUCGCGGCGAUACAACAAUAGUGUGGAAUGGUUCCGGUGUGUUGGCGGUGUCUGUUUGAUUUGAGAGGUUGAGGUGAGCUCAGCACUAUGGGGAAACUUCUAUCGAAAAUCUUUGGUAACAAGGAGAUGAGGAUAUUGAUGCUGGGACUCGAUGCCGCUGGAAAGACUACUAUUUUAUAUAAGUUAAAAUUAGGUCAGUCAGUCACAACGAUACCUACAGUUGGCUUCAACGUCGAAACCGUCACGUACAAGAACGUCAAAUUUAACGUAUGGGACGUCGGGGGGCAGGACAAGAUCCGACCGCUAUGGAGGCAUUAUUACACAGGCACGCAGGGCUUGAUAUUCGUGGUGGACUGCGCGGACCGCGAUCGUAUCGACGAGGCACGUCAGGAGCUACAUCGCAUCAUCAACGACCGCGAGAUGCGCGACGCUAUCAUACUCAUCUUCGCCAACAAGCAAGACUUACCCGAUGCGAUGAAACCUCACGAGAUCCAAGAGAAGCUGGGCCUGACGCGGAUCCGCGACCGCAAUUGGUACGUGCAGCCGUCGUGCGCGACCUCCGGCGACGGUCUGUACGAGGGCCUUACCUGGCUCACCAGCAACCACAAGUUAUGAGCUGCGGAGUAGGCGGCCAAAGGACGCCGCCACUAGCCCUGACACGUUGAGGAUGCCAUUUAAUUUAAGUAAGCUGCGCCCAUGCCGUCGGAUAGAAACCUCGUGAACCAGUGCCGAUGUAUUGGACAUUGACUCUCGUAUGUAUGUAUGUAUGUAUUGCCGCUGUGUGUAUGGACUGUGACAGUGCGCGGCGGGACUUUGCUAAUCUUAGUUAGAAACAAAAACAAAGUGAACAUUUACGUCACACUAAACGAAAAUCUUAUUCCAUUAUUUAAUUAAAAUAUUAGAAGG